GACCAAAAAGGCCCAAUUAAUGAAUGUGAGAUCCUUUUCUUUCUUUCUCGUCUACCUUCUUCUUCUUCCUUCUGGAAAACAACUCUUUGCUUCGCUACUUCGUGCGUUUUCUCUCUCUUCGCUUAAAAUCUGCAAUUCUCCAAUUUUUUUCUCUGAAAAUGGCGGCGACUGAAACUAAGCCAGCUACUGAAGAAGCUAAGAUGGAUCUGUUUGAAGACGAUGAUGAAUUUGAGGAGUUUGAAAUCGAUCUCGAGUGGGACAGCAAGGAAGAAGGAAAGGAGGUAACUCAGCAGUGGGAAGACGAUUGGGAUGAUGACGAUGUCAAUGAUGACUUCUCACUACAACUAAGGAGGGAACUUGAGAGUAAUGCUGUUGAGAAGAAAUGAACCAUCUGUGGUUGGUGGAUUCUGGUUAUUGUCAACUGAAGUAUCAGCUUCAAGUUUUCGGGUGCUUUAUAUCCUGUGGUAGAUUUCUAAAUAUCUGAGACUUUAAGUUGCUGGUGGUGUGAAAUUCUGUUGAUGGGGAUGUAGUGGAGAAAAUAGUGGUCAUGAAUCAUGAUGAUAACGUUGGAGUUGUUAUCUUAGGAACAUACUCAUGUAAACAUUUUACGGACCAUUAUGAUUAGUCGAACCUUUUUCUCGUA